UUAAACAUGUCUGGAGUGGAGCUUUCUAGAAAGUUUACCGCCACUGUUGCUGACUAUUUCGAGGACAUGAAACGUGACUAUCGUCUCAGUGUAAACAGCUCGAUUCUCAACCAUUAUCAGCUUCUUAACGAAGACGAGCGACCCCGAUUUGCCGCUCUUCAAAUAUUUUCCAAACUAAAGCAGGAGACAUCUUGUCCAAGACAGGGUUGUGUUCCUUUGGUAUUUGAUACACCGUUUUUCUUCGUACGGGAAAGCAUAUCUAGAACACUCUGUGUUGCUGAAGAGGCUUUUCUGCUUGGUUUGCAGCUGUAUUACAAGGAGAUGGACAUCUCAGAGGUUUCUCUAGUCGAUCCACAACUUUACAGGGAUCAGAGACCAUGGUUACUAGAAAAUUUUCGUGAAACCCAAGAAGAGUAUAUCAGGGAAACUGUCGAGUACUUCAGAAACGAGUGGGUGCCGAAAGUCGUUGGCAUUAUUGACGAGUUGGUGUCCCCAACCGCUCAAUAUCCACAACGAUCGAUGGAAAGGCUUAUGAACUACAUGAUGCGACUGUCGCUGACAAUGAGAGAACAAUUGGAGAUGGUGAUUUUGCUAUCUACGUCUGGUUACCGUAAACUGUGGGAGCAGUAUUUGCCGUCAGAAGAAAAGGUGCCUGAGCAUCAGGGGAUACACAGGCAGCCGUUGUUCACCAUCCAGCUGACGGUGGCUGAUAAUGAGUUUGUUUUUGUGCCUUCUCUAGAAACAGUCGAAAGCACGGUACUCGGCAUCUAUGACCACGCUAUUCAGUCCAUCAAAGGGAUAGAAGAUUUGCAGUCAAGGUUAACUACUGUCACAAAUCUUCUCGUUUCCAAUGAGAUAUAUACACUACCACCGGACGAGAUACGGCUUGUCGCAUCCCGGAAAAAGAUAAAGGAAAUUCUAGAGUACAACUUUCAACCAGCACGCAAGCUGCAGGAAGAUUAUCAAGAAUACAACGACCUUGCGCAUUUGAAUAUUGAGACUUUUGCGGAGUUGUAUAUUGCGGCUAAGCAUUCUCUCGAGGACUACGAGCAGACAAUCACGACUUAUUUGGAGGUAUGUUUGAUGAUAGUUUAG